UCCCCCCGGACCCCCCCCCCCCGGGAGAGGAGCCCGGAGCGGAGCGGGUUAUGCUGCCCCCAAGUUGCCCGGGGAGCCGCCGCGACAGCGAAAAGGGCUGACGCCGCGGCCAUGAACGGUACCCCCCGGCGCCCGGGCGCGGGCCCCUUCCACGCCGCCGAAGCCGAGAGCCCGGGCCCCCCGGCCGGGCCCGGGGCCGCCCCCUUCCCGGAGCCCGAGGACCGGGAGCUGGACCGGGAGCUGGACCGGGAGCUGCACCGCACGCUGGGCCUGGAGCGGUUCGAGGAGAUCCUGCAGGAGGCCGGGGCCCGAGGCGGGGACGAGCCCGGCCGCUGCUACGGCGAGGAGGACUUCGAGUACCACCGCCAGUCCUCCCACCACAUCCACCACCCGCUGUCCACCCACCUGCCCCCCGAUGUGCGCCGCCGCAAGACCCCCCAGGGGCCCAGCCGCAAGCCCAGACGGCGGCCCGGGGCAUCCCCCACCGGGGAGACCCCCACCAUCGAGGAGGGGGAGGAGGACGAGGACGAGCCCGCCGACGCCGAGGCGGGGCGGGCGGCGCCCCACGGCUCCCCGCGCGUCACCCCCGCCGCCCCCCCCGCCGCCGUCCAGUUUUUCCUCCAGGAGGACGAUGCCGCCGCCGCCGCCGCCGCCGUCCCCGCCGCCGACCGCAGGCCGGAGAGGCCGGCCGCCUCCCCUCCCCCACAGUCCCCCCGCCCCGAAACGGCUCCCAGAGCCGGUAGAGGGGCACAGGCCGGGGGUCCCCCCGAGGAGGCCGCGGUAGCCGGCGGCGAGGACGCGGGCGGCCCCGGAAAGCCCCCGGCCAAGCCGCAGCCCGCCGGGCACCGCAGCUACAACCUGCAGGAGCGGCGGCGCAUCGGCAGCAUGACGGGGGCCGAGCAGGCGCUGCUGCCCCGCGUGCCCACCGACGAGAGCGAGGCCCAGACCCUGGGCACCGCCGACCUGGACCUCAUGAAGAGUCACAGGUUCGAGGACGUCCCCGGGGUCCGGCGCCACCUGGUGCGGAAGAACGCCAAGGGCCCGGUGCAGGGCGGGCGAGAGGGCCGGGAGCCCGGCUCGGCCCCGAGGACCCGGGCCCGGCACCUCCACCAGCCCCACGAGGUGUUCGUGGAGCUGAACGAGCUCCUGCUGGACAAGAACCAGGAGCCGCAGUGGCGCGAGACGGCGCGCUGGAUCAAGUUCGAGGAGGACGUGGAGGAGGAGACGGAGCGCUGGGGCAAGCCCCACGUCGCCUCGCUCUCCUUCCGCAGCCUCCUGGAGCUCCGGAGGACCCUGGCCCACGGUGCCGUGCUUUUGGACCUGGACCAGCAGACCCUGCCCGGGGUGGCCCACCAGGUGGUGGAGCAGAUGGUCAUCUCUGACCAGAUCAAAGCGGAGGACCGGGCCAACGUACUGCGAGCUCUGCUGCUGAAACACAGCCACCCAAGCGACGAGAAGGAUUUCUCAUUCCCCCGCAACAUCUCGGCCGGCUCCCUGGGCUCCCUGCUGGGGCAUCACCACGGCCAGGGCGCCGAGGGCGACCCCCACGUCACCGAGCCCCUGAUCGGGGGACCCCCCGACAUCCGGUUGGAGAUGGAGAAAGAGCUGGGGGGGCCUGAGGGGAAGCGGGAGCUGCCGCCCCCGGCCCCUCCCACCGGCAUCACUCGCUCCAAGUCCAAGCACGAGCUGAAGCUGCUGGAGAAAAUCCCCGAGAACGCGGAGGCCACGGUGGUGCUUGUCGGCUGCGUGGAGUUCCUGGCCCGGCCCACCAUGGCCUUCGUGCGGCUGCGGGAGGCGGCGGAGCUGGACGCGGUGCUGGAGGUGCCCGUGCCCGUGCGCUUCCUCUUCCUGCUCCUGGGCCCCAGCAGCGCCAACAUGGACUACCACGAGAUCGGCCGCUCCAUCUCCACCCUGAUGUCCGAUAAGCAGUUCCACGAAGCCGCCUACCUGGCGGACGAGCGGGAGGACCUGCUGACGGCCAUCAACGCCUUCCUGGACUGCAGCGUGGUGCUGCCCCCGUCCGAGGUCCAGGGCGAGGAGCUGCUCCGCUCCGUCGCCCACUUCCAGCGGCAGAUGCUCAAGAAGCGUGAGGAGCAGGGGCGGCUGCUGCCCGCCGGGGCCGGGCUGGAACCCAAGACCCCCGAGGACAAGGCGCUCCUGCAGAUGGCGGAGGCGGCCGGGGGGGCGGACGACGACGACGACCCCCUGCGGCGGACGGGCCGGCCCUUCGGGGGGCUGAUCCGGGACGUGCGGCGCCGCUACCCCCACUACCUGAGCGACUUCCGCGACGCCCUCGACCCCCAGUGCCUGGCCGCCGUCAUCUUCAUCUACUUCGCGGCCCUGUCCCCCGCCAUCACCUUCGGGGGGCUGCUCGGGGAGAAGACGCAGGACCUGAUCGGGGUGUCGGAGCUGAUCAUGGCCACGGCCCUGCAGGGAGUCAUCUUCUGCCUGCUGGGCGCCCAGCCCCUACUCAUCAUCGGCUUCUCGGGACCCCUGCUCGUCUUCGAGGAGGCCUUCUUCUCGUUCUGUGACAGCAACGGGCUGGAGUACCUGGUGGGCCGGGUGUGGAUCGGGUUCUGGCUGGUGGUCCUGGUCCUGCUCAUGGUGGCCCUGGAGGGCAGCUUCCUCGUCCGCUUCGUCUCCCGCUUCACCCAGGAGAUCUUCGCCUUCCUCAUCUCCCUCAUCUUCAUCUAUGAGACCUUCUUCAAGCUCAUCAAGAUCUUCCAGGAGCACCCCCUGAACGGCUGCCUGGCCUCCAACGGCUCGGAGCCGGGGCCGGUGGCGAACGGGACGCGGCUGGCGUCCAAGAACGGGAGUCUGCCGGGGGGUCUGGCGGGGGGCCCGGCCGGCGCGCGGGUCCAGGGGCAGCCCAACACGGCACUGCUCUCCCUCGUGCUCAUGGCCGGGACCUUCUUCAUCGCCUUCUUCCUGCGCAAGUUCAAGAACAGCCGCUUCUUCCCCGGCCGGAUCCGGCGGGUCAUCGGAGAUUUCGGGGUCCCCAUCGCGAUCCUCAUCAUGGUGCUGGUGGAUUACAGCGUCGAGGAGACGUACACCCAGAAGCUGAGUGUGCCCAGUGGCUUCUCCGUGACGGCCCCCGGCAAACGGGGCUGGGUGAUCAGCCCCCUGGGCGAGGCCAGGCCCUUCCCCGUCUGGAUGAUGGUCGCCAGCCUCCUGCCCGCCGUCCUCGUCUUCAUCCUCAUCUUCAUGGAGACGCAGAUCACCACGCUGAUCAUCUCGAAGAAGGAGCGGAUGCUGCAGAAGGGGUCCGGCUUCCACCUGGAUCUCCUGCUCAUCGUGGCCAUGGGCGGGCUGUGCGCGCUCUUCGGCCUGCCGUGGCUGGCCGCCGCCACCGUCCGCUCCGUCACCCACGCCAACGCGCUGACCGUCAUGAGCAAGGCCGUGGCCCCCGGGGACAAGCCCAAGAUCCAGGAGGUCAAGGAGCAGCGGGUCACGGGGCUGCUGGUGGCCGUGCUCGUGGGCCUCUCGAUGGUGAUCGGGGACCUGCUGCGCCAGAUCCCGCUCGCCGUGCUCUUCGGCAUCUUCCUGUACAUGGGGGUCACCUCGCUCAACGGCAUCCAGUUCUACGAGCGGCUGCACCUGCUGCUCAUGCCCCCCAAGCACCACCCCGACGUCACCUACGUCAAGAAGGUGCGGACCCUGCGGAUGCACCUGUUCACGGGGCUGCAGCUGCUCUGCCUGGCCCUGCUGUGGGCGGUCAUGUCCACCGCCGCCUCGCUCGCCUUCCCCUUCAUCCUCAUCCUCACCGUGCCGCUCCGCAUGGUGCUGCUCACCCGCAUCUUCACGGAGCGCGAGAUGAAAUGCCUGGACGCGAACGAGGCGGAGCCCGUGUUUGACGAGCGGGAGGGCGUGGACGAGUACAACGAGAUGCCCAUGCCCGUGUGACGGCGGGCGGAGGGGGCGGGCCGGGGCCGGGUGGGCGGAGGGAGCGGGG